UAGGUUAUCUACUUACGUUUGCUAGUUUAAUGAGGUUUUUUUUCAAAAAAAAAAAGAAAUAAAACAAAAUGGCGGAUGAAACAUCAAUCGGUAUGGAUGAAGUGAUCAAAGAGCUCGGUCCAUUUGGAAAAUACAACAUUGUGAACUAUGCCUUACUGUUAUUUCCAUGCUAUUUAGCCGCUAUGCAAGCGUCUGGAUUUAAUUUUGAAGCAUUAGAUAUAACUUACAGGUGCAAGAUACCAGAAUGUGAAGGCAUCAAUGAAACUCAGUGGAUUGAUUUUGCGAUACCUAAAGAGGCUAACGGCGAUUACUCUAAGUGCAAGCGGUAUCAAUUUACUGACUUUACUGAUAAUGCAACAUGCGGUAUAGACGCAUUUGAUGCAACUGACGUACAAGACUGUGAUGGUAUAGUUUACAGUGACGAGGAUUCCAUUGUUAAAGAUUUUGAUUUGGGAUGUCAAAAUUGGAAGAGAACUCUUUUAGGCACCAUACACAAUUCCGGUUUAUUUAUCUCACUACCUGUUACGGGCCUAAUUUCUGACAAGUUUGGCAGAAAAAUUGCAUUGCCCAUAGCAUCUCUGAUGAACGGGCUGUGUGGUGUUGCCAGAUCCUUCUCCACAAGUUAUAUCAUGAUGGCAAUUUGGGAGUUUUCGGAGGCAGCACUUGGAGGUGGGGCAUAUACUGUCGCUUUUGUUUUAGCGAUGGAGCUUGUACCACCAAAUGGCCGAGUGUUAGGCAACACCCUCAUUAAUUUCGUCUAUGUCAUAGGUCUUAUGAACCUCGCCGUCCUGCACUGGUGGCUGCAAGAUUGGAGGACCAUGCUUAGAUUCAUGUACAUACCCGCGUUUCCCGUCUUAUCCUACCUUUACUUCCUGAACGAGAGUCCUAGAUGGUUACUCAGUCAAGGCAAACACAAGGAAGCUGUGGGCAUUCUUAAAAAAGCUGCUCUAAUGAACAAAGUUGUUUUAUCGGAUCACACUCUCAACUCACUCAAAAAUGUCGAAUGCCCUAAAGAUAUAAAAAGCAAAAGCAAAAUAGAACGUGAUGAUACUAAAAAGGAACCGUCUAUAUUUAAAAAAGUUAUAAGGUCACCAGAAAUAAGAAAGAGGUUAAUUGUAUGUUCUUAUAUGUGGAUAACAUGUACGUUUGUGUAUUACGGAUUGUCCAUCAACUCGGUUUCUCUGGCUGGCAAUAGAUAUGUGAACUUUAUACUGGUAUCGUUUGUGGAGAUACCGGCUAACUUCGUUUGCUUCUUGGUGCUGGAUAAGUUUGGACGGAAGAAGGUUUUGGCUGUUACGUACUUCCUAAGUGCGGGAUUAUGUAUUACGUUGUCGUUCUUGCCUGAAGGUCAUAAGACCUGGCUACUCAUAGUCUAUCUGUCUGGCAAGUUCAGCAUCACAGUAGCAUACAGUUCAGUGUAUAUAUACUUAUCGGAGUUGUUCCCCACUAACGCAAGACAAUCAUUGGUCUCUGUAUGCUCUAUGAUGGGGCGAUUCGGAUCCGUUAUGGCACCUAUGACACCACUAUUGGCUCUCUACUACAAAAACCUCCCAGCGAUUUUCUUCGGCAGUAUGGCCCUACUGGCCACUUUGCUCGUGUUUACUCUACCGGAGACCAUUAACUUGCCACUACCGGAUACUAUCGAAGAGGCGGAGAAUAUAUCGCGGGUUAAGAAGAAGAUGAACACUGCAUAGAAUUUUGUAAUACUAACUGACCCGUCCCGGCUUUGCUCGAGAGAAUCUCUGAAACCCCUUUCUUAGUGGGGUCUACGUAAUAAAGUAAAUUUAUACCUACAAAAUUUCAAGUUUCUAGACCUAGCUGUUUUACCUGUGCUUUAUAACAUGUCAGUCAGUUAUUUUCUGUAAUAUACUAGCUAGUGCCUGUGACUUCAUUCUCGUGGAUUUUGGUUUUCAAAAAUUCUGUUGGAACUCUUAGAAAUUCCAAGAUAAAAGAAGCUUAUGUAUUAAUUCAGCGUACCUAAAAGCUAUAAUAUGCAUUACUUUCAGCUAAAUUGGUUCAUUCAUGUGGCAUAGAGUAUUAAUCCAAAAUACAAUCCUUCUAAUUUUUACCUAUACCUACUUAUAAUAGGGGUGCCGCUCCCAACAUCAAUGGUUAUAAUAAUAAUUAUUAGGAAUUAGGAUACCAGUUACCACAUAAAGAGAUGAAUGUUGACUUGAUGUGGCUAUCCAGGGAUGGGAAAAUAUCAAUGUGUUAUAUUAAUAAACUAAAUUUUCAUUGUCAUUCAGAA